AUGGAGAUGCCUGAUGAGGCCCCCACCCAGCUUCAUGAAGUUGACGCGGAAGUCCUUGACGGCUCCCCCACUGAGGUUGCAGAGAACGAGUCGGACAUGGAGGUUGAGAUUGCCGUGAAGAAGGAGGAAGUCGACAUGGGACCCAAGAUGGAAAAGAGAAAACGCAGGGAUGAGUUCGACUCUGAUGGUGGUGAAGCUGGGAGGCGAGAUCGUGAUACAGAGGAAAGCCCGUCUAAACGCCCGCCACCAAGAGGGGAACUUCGCCCUGACGAUCGACCUGUCUCGGGAAGUGAGCUUCGUCAACUACUACAACUGCACGCCCAGGACAUGAAAGAGGCCUGGAAGACUUUUGAGCACCGACUCGACAAAGCAGAAGGAAGACUCGACAGGACCGAAGUUAUCCAGAAGAAGCAGGUUGGCGACAUUGCUUCCCUUGCUGGCAGAGUCAAGAUCAACGAAAAGGACGUGCAGAACAUCAAGAAGGCGAGUGACAGCAUGCAACCGAAGCUGGACUCGCUCACUGAGGACGUCAAGAAUCUCAAGGUCCAACUUGAAGAGGUCAGGAACAGAGAGCCUGAUGCCCGCACAGUGGAGGGUGAAUUUGCCAAAGUUGGACCCGUCGCUCAACCGGACCCCUGGGGUGACUACUUGCGGAGGAGAAAUGGAGUGGCCACAACUGGAGGACGAGUUCCUGGCUCAGCUGCUCGUGGAGAUCCCAAUCUUGGAGGCGAGGGUGCAUCGGGAUCGGGGCGAAGUGCGGGGGACACUCUUUCUGAAGAAGACCAACGUACCUUGAUCGUGGGUGGCUGGCUCCAGGACACAAGACGCGCUGUCAUUGAGGCCGAGGCGGAGGGAGUGCUCAAGCUGCCCGAGGUUGCUCCACUCCUUGAUGCAGAGAAGAUCUCCGUGUUUGGACCCAGGCGAAGUGUAGGCAUGAUUCGGUUUUCUCUUCGAGAAGGGGAGAACUUUGCGGCAAUGAAGGAGAGGAUGUGGAAGGUUGUACGCGCAGUGGCCCAAGCAAAAGUCGUCUUCCAAAGCACCCGCAAUAUGGGGGAGGAAAAGUUUGCCUGGGUGGCGUUUAUGAAAACCAAAGUGGCCCGUGCAAGGACGGCACACAUCAGCAUGGUCCGCCGUGUGACGAUCCAGCUGGCAGCAGACGUUAAGGAUGAAGGAGGCGGCGUGCUCAACUUGGACCACACGCUGGCGGCUUCCUACGACAUGGAUUGGAGCGCAGGCACCAUUUGGUGCGGACCACAAAAACUGGCGUCCGCUACCCACCGACCGCCCAAGCAAGCAGAAGUGAUUACUAUGUCCAGCGGGUGGGUUAACCUGGAUGCAAUUGCGCUGGUGGCAGGUUGCACAGUGGAGGCUGCCAAGGCAGCUUUCGAACUUGAGCUGUGCUUCUUCUGGGGUGAAGGAAUCUGGUCUUCCUACUCAGAGAUCUCCCGGGCCAAAGAUGGAUGGACAGUGGAGGACUCCGAACACUUUCACUGGGUGUCAUUCCGGGACAAGGACAUGUGGAGGGGCGUUGGUGUGGGAAUUGCAAUUGACAAGUUUGACUGUGUGAUCUCCAAGGUGGCCACGAGACGAGGCAUAUGGGUGCAAGUUCGCUUGGUUGGGUUGGGAAGAGUUGUACUUGGUUCGUUACAUGCCUUCACAGGGGUGACGAACGCGAAGUACCAGGCUGCUGUCAUUGAGUUCAUGAAGAGCUGUCCUUCCUCUUGGCGGCACCUCCCCAUGCUCUGUGGCGCUGACGUGAACGAGACGAUCCCCUGGGUUGAUGCCGAAGUUGAGGGCAGUCUCUGUGGGGUUGAUAUGUUGGCUGCUGGGUCUAACAACUUCAACGUGUUGGUUGAACAGUUUGCGGAGGGUGGCCUUCGCCCAGUUCCACCUGACGUCGUGCAGUUCCACACCCCCACUCAUUUUCCCCGUGAUGCGCUUAGAACUGGCAGACAGAUUGAUAUGCUAUGGCACCGCCACCUCUCGCUCGACAAGCUCUUCAUCGAACCUGACAGGAGGCACCUGAUUGGCGCAGACCAUGCAGCAAUCUGGGUCGACGUGUACACCAGGAAAACUGGGAAGCAACAAUGGGGGAAUGACUCCAGACCCAGACGGAUGUGCAGAGAGUUGCCCGCCCUGGACUCCAUUGAAGCUGUUGAGGACGUCAGCCGUUUGGCCGCGGACUGCACGGCACCCAGGAACAACAGUCGCCUGUGGAAAGACGCUCACCGCCUACGCAGACGCAAGAAAAAAGAGUGGCAGUGUCGUCGUCUGUCGGCGAUCUUACAGGGUGACUGGGCCCAGUACCGUGCGCUUCCGAGGGAGAAAGAACGGAAAAGAGGGUGGUGGGGUGGCCUCCUGGAAAAUCGCUCCUCGGCAUGCCUUACGGACGAGAUCAAAGACCACUUGGAGGCCAAGCUUGUCAACAAGUGCAUGACUGACUGGGAUGACUUGCUUGAGGAGCACAUUGUCAAUGUUCAGCUUGGGGAGAUCUUCGAACCUUUUACGAUCAUCGAGAUGCGUACAGUUCUCCAGGAGAUGAGGACUGUCAGUGCAGUUGGCCCAGAUGGUGUCUGCGUUGCGCUACUUCGUGAAAUUGCAAGCCAUGACCUUCUUGCUCCUCAACUCGUUGCACUUGUGAAUCGUAUUGUUGAGGAAACUGAGAUGCCGGUACCCUGGCAGGAGAACUUUCUCGCUCUGCUUGCCAAAGUUGACAACCCUGCAUCCCCCAAAGACCUGCGUCCGAUAUGUGUCAGCUCUGUCUUCCACAAAAUGGUCACCAAGAUGGUCUGCUCACGGGCGCUUCCUGUGCUACGUACUGGCUCCCGCUGUUCUGGUUGUGGCAAAGGUCGCCAAGCUGCGGACGUGAUCGGCACGGUGUCGAGGGUGAGAGAUGUUUCGCACGAAUGGAAGCUUCCCCUCCUCCUCUGCAAGCUGGACAUCUCUGGUGCCUUCGACAAACUCGACAGACUCAAAGUGGUGGAGUUUCUGAAGACCACCCUUGGUUCCCACCUUCUCCCGCAUGAGCUCCGCUAUCUCUUGGCACAACUCCGCACUUAUAAGCUCGUUGGGAAGGUGCCGGGGGGUGAUUUGGUAGAGAUCGCACCCAACAUUGGAAUCAAGCAGGGGGCUCCUGAAAGUGCAGAGCUAUUUGGCAUGGUGAUGGACGCGAUGCUCACUCGUCUCAUUGAGACCAAAGGCUGGCAAUCCUUUGGGACACUCGAUGUCGAUUACUUGAUCUUCUACCAGGACGAUAUCUUUAUCUUUGAGAAGGACUUCGCCAAGCUCUGCAAGCGCAUUAAGGUCUUAGAGCGGUAUUUGGCACGUGCUGGGCUUCACCUUGCCACAAAUAAGACGAAGAUCGUUGCCAAUGCAUUUUACAAAGGGGUGCGUAAGGCGCAGGUCGGGGAUGAGGUCUUCACCAUUGCCCCUGCUGAUGACUCUCUGAAGGUCUUGGGGCUUGCCUUCUCGUUUCAUGAGCCCCAGUCGCAACAAGCCAAAGAGCUCCUCGGUCGUGCAAGGGGAGCUGCCGCCAAACAUCGUGAGCUUCUCCAAGCGGGUGCGCCCUGGGGGAAGAAAGUGUACAUGAUCUCCACGCUGGUUUCGUCACAAUUUCAAUGGACGGCUGGUGCUGUGUACUGGUCUCAUGCUGAACUUCAACAAGCCAAUACGCUCCAGCUCCAUGUCCUACGGUCCGCCUUCAAACUCAGACGCAAAGCUGGGGAAAAUUGGCUGACAUGGAACUGCCGCACGAUGCGAGACUGCCGCUGCUGGAUGGUACACAACCAAGUGCCCAGAUGGAGCACCACCAUCCUUCGUCUCCAACAUACGCUUGCAGGUCACUGGGCGAGGAGGGUGGAAUUUCUUGGUCCUCGUUGCAUCCCGCACCCCUCAUUGCCGAUGACUGCUCUUGAAUGGAGGAGUACUGCAUGGUGGAGGCGACAGCAAGCACUCAGCCCGACUGUUGGGAUCAGACACGUUGGCCAUGUCUAUGUGCAUAACCUGGAGAGACAGCUUGCGGAAGUUCAUGGGAAUGAGUGGAGGCUUCUCGCGAACGACCGUCAGAAAUGGACCAGAGAGCGCGAAGCCUUCCUUGAUAAGUGGGACCUGAAAUGGACCAGAAGUAGACAGCUGGCCCUCUCCUGCUGA